UCAGUGAGGAGUGAGAAACUUGUCGGCUCUGGGAUGGCGGACAAACCUCUGACACUGUUCACGAAGCUGUUUGCCGCUGGGUUUUAUGGACUAAGCUCGUUUUUCAUCGUCGUGGUGAACAAAAGUGUCCUGACUAACUACAGGUUCCCAUCUUCAGUAUGUGUCGGAAUUGGACAAAUGUUGGCCACGGUGGUUGUGCUGUGGGUGGGCAAGGCUGCGAGGGUGAUCAGCUUCCCAGACUGUGAUGAGAGCAUACCUCGCAAGACGUUUCCUCUACCUCUUCUUUAUGUGGGAAAUCAAGUCACUGGUCUGCUUGGAACCAAACGGCUGAAUCUGCCGAUGUUUACUGUCCUCAGGAGGUUCUCCAUCCUAUUCACAAUGAUGGCUGAGGGAUUUCUGCUCAAGAAGAAAUUCUCCAGACCAGUCCAACUGACAGUAUUUACAAUGAUCCUUGGGGCGUUCAUAGCCGCAAGUGCUGAUAUGGCCUUUGACCUGCAAGGCUACGUGUUCAUUCUCCUGAACGAUGUACUGACUGCAGCCAACGGAGCCUAUGUGAAGCAAAAAUUAGAUGCGAAGGAGUUGGGGAAAUAUGGAUUAUUGUAUUAUAAUGCAUUAUUCAUGAUAAUUCCUACUCUGCUGUUGGCUCAUCUGACUGGAGAUAUGCAAAAGGCUGUGGAAUAUGAAGGUUGGUCAGAUGUCUUUUUCCUCACCCAGUUCAUCCUCUCCUGUAUCAUGGGGUUUGUUCUGAUGUAUUCGACAGUGCUCUGUACACAGUACAACUCUGCAUUAACAACGACCAUCGUGGGCUGCAUCAAGAAUGUCCUGGUGACAUAUAUUGGGAUGGUUAUCAGCGGAGACUACAUUUUCUCUUGGACCAACUUCAUAGGUUUGAAUAUCAGUAUUGCAGCCAGUCUGGUGUACUCCUACAUCACUCUCACAGAGGAGCAGUCCAACAAAGCAAGCGAAAACACCAAGUUGGACAUCAAGGGCAAGGUUGUUGUAUGACAGAGACACUGGAUUUUUUUUAAAGCUGAUGAACAGGGAAACUCUGUUUUUAUAGUACAACUUUUAUUUAUGGAGUAUUUCAGCAGCACGUGCGAGAAAUUGAUGGGAAUUUAUGGGAAUCGUGUUGCAGUAACUUUUGCAUAUUUUUGUCUAAACGGAGGUAAACCAUCACCAGAAGCUCCAUCGUUCUCCUGCUGCUGCCAUGGUUACGAAACCCUCCAGAGGGAUUGUGGGCUGAUUUUUAGACAGUGUUUUCAUUUUGAAUAUUUGUAUUUUGAUACUGUACAUGUGAGCGUUGAGAAGAAGGGAAACGUGGAACCAAUAGUAUUUAUAUUAUAUAAGAUUCCAGACAUUUAAAGGGUAAAUGUUGGGAUGACGUAAUGUUUCCUGAACGCAGGACUGAAACAGCUGGAGUUAUCAGUGGUUUUAAACAAUGAUGCGCGCUAGUGAGUUGUGCGACUAGUAAGUGAUUUUAAAGGCACAAUCCUUCUAUUUUUUAUUGCCUUUUCCAUUUUUGCUGUUUACAAGGAAUGUAACUCUGGAUGCCUUCUAAGUGAGAUGCACUGACACUAUCAUUAUUUGUAAUCUGUUGUUUCGGUCUUUGGUCUUACAUUUCUUCUCAGUUUUUGCGCAUACACUGUUAUAAGCCUGUUAUAGACAAAUGGUAAUGACAGUGAUCUAACCUCAUCCUCCAAACAACCAAAGUGGGUGGAGCAGUGGGCUGUCAGUUUUCAAGGAUUGUGGCUUUAAAUAAUGUUGCUGCCUCCUUUCGGGAGAUGAACAGUUUACAUUUUUUCUCCCUCAUUAAUACAGAAUGUGUGUUGUGGACUCUCCAAGGCUGUAACUGGUUCUCUCUAUGCAGAAUUAACAAACAGUACUUACAGUUUGUUAUUUGUUCAAGGAGAUCCAUUUGUUUUUGUUUUUCUUGUUUUCUUUUUUUGGACACGAUUUUAUCGCACUUUUAACUGAGGUAUCACCCACAUAAAGGUGAAACUGAACUGCCUCAUCUCCUGUUACAUUCAUUGUUGAGAAUGAGAUUAUUGUACUCCCCUGAAAUGUAAGUUUCAGGUUUUUAAGUAUUACAGUUAUCUAAACCUUUAAUAGUCAGGUACGAGUGUGGACAUUUUUUUACAUUUUUAUCUACAUCAUUUUAUAUUUAUUACUUUUUUAGACUAAAAGUCGUUUUUGUAGGUGAUGUGGCUUGUAAAUUGUUGAUGCUGUUCUCAUCUCAAACACAGUAACCAUGGAUUUGUAGCUGAAAUACAAUGAUGUAUUUUUACAUUAAAAAAACACUGAU